AUGAUAAAUAUUUCUCGAUUAGCUGGAUAUAAUAAACAAGAUGUUAAAAAUAUCAUUUUAUUACUUCAUGAAUUUGUAACCACAUUCAAAAAGAAUCGGCUUACGAUCAAUUUCCAAUCCAGACCCGUUAUAUUAUUCUUGGGGACAUUAAUUAGUACGGUUGGAUUUGGAGCAUAUUUCACCAUUCGAAAUAUUAUAUCUCGAUAUAAUGAACGACAAAUUAAUAAGAAAUUAUUACGUCCAAGUUUAAUUCGACAAUCUUCAACAAUUUUAAAAAAUGGAUCUCGAGAGAUUUUUAUCCCCAAAGGGAAGGGGAAAUUUACCAGGAUCAUUAUCCCAAAACCGAAUAAUGAUACUUAUGCUGCUGAUAAAUAUUUAUAUAUCAAUUUUCGGAAGAAUCAACAAAUAUUAACAUUACAACAAAAAGGGGUUUUGUUUAAUUCGAAAUUUUUAAAUCAAUUGAUUAUUAUUUGGAGAAUCCUUAUACCUAAAUUUUCAUGUAAAAAUACUGCGUUGUUAUUAGCUCAAUGUUUCUUUUUGAUUUUUAGAACUUGGUUAUCAUUAAUUAUUGCAAAAUUGGAUGGUCAAUUAGUUAAGAAUUUAAUUUCUGCUAAUGGAAGGAAAUUCCUGCGUGAUUUGGUUUAUUGGUUACUUAUUGCUUUUCCUGCUUCAUAUACUAAUGCUGCUAUAAAAUAUUUGGAUAGUAGAUUAUCAUUGGGGUUUAGAACAAAUUUAACAAGAUAUAUUCAUGAUAUGUAUUUAGAUAAAACAAUGGCAUAUUAUAAAGUUGGAGUUAAUAAUCAAGAAAUCACCAAUAUUGAUCAAUAUAUCACUGACGAUAUUACUAAUUUCUGUUCUUCAUUAUGUUCAUUAUUUUCAUCAAUGGGUAAACCUUUUAUUGAUUUAGUAUUCUUUUCGGUUUAUUUAAGAGAUAAUUUAGGUACUGGUGCAAUUAUUGGUAUUGCCGUGAAUUAUUUUGCCACGGCAAUGUUAUUGAAAAGAGCUACUCCAUCAUUUGGGAAAUUAUCAGCCCAAAAGGCUCAUUUAGAAGGAGUUUAUUUUAAUCAACACCUUAAUCUUAUGACAAAUUGUGAAGAAAUUGGAUUUUAUAAAGGAUCAUUAAUUGAAAAAUUUAAAUUAUAUGAAGAAUUUGAAAAAUUGAUGAAACAUUUACAUAAAGAAAAUAAUAUUGGUUUUUGGUAUGGAGUUUUAGAAGAUUAUGUAUUGAAAUAUACUUGGUCUGCUUGGGGAUAUAUAUUUUCAGGAUUACCAGUUAUAUUUGACGAACUUUGGAAGAUUAUUGGUAGUGGUGAUAAUAAUGAAGAAAAACCAGUUGAUAAUGUAAAUGAAAGAAGAAAUAUGAGACAAUUUAUUAUUAACAAAAGAUUAUUAUUAUCCCUUGCAGAUGCUGGUUCUAGAUUGAUGUAUUCUAUUAAAGAUGUUAAUACAUUAACUGGAUAUACUGAUCGUGUCUUCAAUUUAUUGACUCAAUUGCAUAAUGCUCAUUCACCUAGAUUUGAUUAUGGAGCUAAGAAUGGUAUUAAAGAUAUUAAUGGUACAAUUCAAUCGAAUUAUUUACAAGGAUUACGAUUUGAACAUAUUCCAAUUAUAAUUCCAAGUUCUAAAGGAGUUGAAAAUCCACCAUUAAUUGAAGAUUUAAAUUUCACUUUAUCGAAUCAUAAGAAUUUAUUAAUUUUGGGAGCAAAUGGAUGUGGCAAAACUAGUAUUGCAAGAGUUAUUGCUGGAUUAUGGCCAUUAUAUCGUGGAUUAUUAUCAAAACCAAAUGAUGAUGAUAUUUUCUAUUUACCUCAAAAGACCUAUUUUACUACUGGUAAUUUACGUGAUCAAAUUAUUUAUCCAUAUACUGAUACUGAUAUGUUAGAAAUGGGAUAUAAUGAUGAUUAUUUAUAUCAUAUAUUACGUGAAGUUAAAUUAGAAUAUCUUUUAACCCGUGAAGGUAAUUUUAAUGUUAUAAAGGAUUGGAAAGAUGUUUUAAGUGGAGGUGAAAAACAAAGAAUGAGUAUUGCAAGAGUAUUAUUUAUGAAUCCUAAAUUAGUUAUAUUAGAUGAAAGUACCAAUGCUGUUAGUACCGAUGUUGAAGAUUAUUUAUUUGAAUUAUUAAAAUUGAAAAAAAUUCCAUUUAUAACUUUAAGUCAUCGUCCAUUAUUAAUGAAAUAUCAUGAUUUUGUAUUGGAAAUUUUACAACAUGGUAAAUGGGAAUUACAUGAUUUAACCAGUGAAGAAAAUUUAAUUAGUAUUGAUAAUGAAAUUAAACAAAUUGAAGAUAAAUUAUCUCAAGCUGAAAAAUGGCAAGAAAGAAAAGAAAAGAUUGAAUUAUAUCUUGAUGGUAGAGUAAAUGAAGAUGAUUUAGAAUUGAAUGGUCUGGCUAUACUACCAGUAGAACAACCAAAGAUUACAGCUAUUUAA